AUGAGUAUAGCAAUUGGUGUAUGGAUAUGUUGGCUGGGAUCUGUGGUCAUAUUCCAAGAGCCAUCGAUUUGGACAGCAUUAUAUGCCGGUUUGAAUCGUAAUAUGUUUCUUUUGAUAGUUUUUGGUGGAUUUGUUCUAUUGGGCAUGUUUUGCAAAUCAUCAAAAUCCUUUAAUGUAUUUCCACCCCUAUACGAUUUUGAUGAUUACGAUGCUUGUCUCAAUAGUGAAACUUCAAAAUUCGAAACAACCUACUGUAUGAUUUAUGCCGAAAUAAAACCACAAAAUUCCUCAAAUUUAUGGAGGCAAAUCUCCAAACAUACGGACGAAUAUAAAUUCCAUUACAGGCGUGAUCGUCUGUUCUUUGGUGUUUGCAUGGAACGUUGUAAAAACUUUCCAAAAAUACUGGAUAAUUUGCCAUACAACAAUGAUAGUAAAGUAAUCAAUAAGAUAACACAAUUUUUUGAUGUGGUUCACAAACGUCCCCUUGAUCUUCAAAUGCGCUCUGAAUAUCAUGAAUUAGUUCAUAAUUGCUUGAAUUCACAAUUCCAAGAGAAAUUUGGCUUAAACUUAAGAACAUACAUUGAGUAUUGUGAGCGACCCAAGGAAACUAUUGAAAAAGAUGGUCCCGAAAAAGUACUUUACAAGUUUUUACAAAUAAUUAUAAUUUUAAAUAUCUUGUCAACUCUUUACGACUCCUGUUUAAAAAGAAGACAGCCAGCAGAGCUACAGAAUGCGGAUUAUUACAAAGUAACUCCCCAACAACCUGUUUCCACCCUCUUAACGGCAUUUUCAAUACGCCGCAACUAUUAUCGUCUCGUUGAACCCCCCACCAGCCAAUUGGGUAUGGACUUGAGUUAUUUAGAUGGAAUCCGAUCGAUUUGUGCCAUUUUAGUGAUUGUUGGUCAUGCAUUUUUCGUUCAAUAUCAUCAUGUUAAAAAUCCAGAAUUUUUUGAAAAUUUUGCCAAAAGUCCGCUACAUUUGUGGUUCACAAAUGGUACGUUACUCUUGGAAAUCUUUCAUGUUUUGAGCGGUAUGCUGUUGUAUAUAAAAUUUAAAGAAAUUUUUAAAAUAACUCCCGAUUCGAGUGGUAGGAAUUGUGUUAAGGCUUUCGGUAAAGGAAUGAUGAUGCGUUAUGUUAGAUUUCUUCCUUCAUUGCUAUUGUUUAUAUUCGUAAAUGCGACUUUCUUUACCCGCCUGCAAGAUGGUCCAUUUUGGCGUCAUUUAACUGAACCGGUUCGCACCUUUGCUCGUGAAAAGUGGUGGAAGAAUUUAUUAAUUUUUGAUAAUAUUUCGGAAAGUGGUUUUCCUCAUACUUGGUAUAUGACAUCUGAUUGGCAAAUAUUCGCCUUUUACUUUUGCGUGUUGAUAGUAACGCACAAAAGUUUCCGUUUUACACAUGUCAACGAUGAAGAUGUCUAUUACAAAUUAUACACCCCAUUCUAUUCGAAUUUGGGCGGUUAUUUAUUCGGCAUCAUUUGUGGCGAAAUUUAUCAGAAAUAUUGUCAUAAUGUUGAGUUUGGCAAGCAAAUAUCUCGUAUACCCGUGCAGAUAUUUGAAUUUGCAUUUUGGAUGAGUAUAGAAAUUGGUGUAUGGAUAUGUUGGCUGGGAUCUGUGGUCAUAUUCCAAGAGCCAUCGAUUUGGACAGCAUUAUAUGCCGGUUUGAAUCGUAAUAUGUUUCUUUUGAUAGUUUUUGGUGGAUUUGUUCUAUUGGGCAUGUUUUGCAAAUCAUUAACACUUUUAGACUUUCUGAGCCAUCAAGCAUUUCGUAUAUUCGCCAGAUUAUCAUUUCAAAUAUAUAUAUGGCAUUUUUCCGUUUUGUAUUUACUAAAUGGUCAUAAACGUGAACCAGUUUUUACCAAUCAUUUGCAGCAUGUAAAUUGUGUUUUAUCAAAUAUUUAG